AUGGAUACUCGUGAUAUACUGAUAAACAACGCCUCGAUGCUGGAUAAACAUCUUUCUAUGGAAGACAGAACUGGACUUGUUUCAAGUGAUUCCCAGGUACACCCAGUACUUUCAGUACCAGUAGCCACUGCAUUUUCUUUGUUGAAUGUUUCUACCAAUUUUGAAAACGAUUUUAAAACAUUCGAUUAUGUGUCCAACUAUACUUCUAUUCUUAGUACUACAUUAGAUGAGUUUCGAAGCAAGAACAUAAAAUUGAAUAACGAAUUACAAUUGGCAAAAUAUUAUGAAUAUAAGAAACCUAUUGCAAGUAGUACGAUAAGGCAGAAUAGUGUGGUAAGUACAUCUGACUCCUCAAUUAUUCAAAGUGAUAGAAAUAAAAAUAUCAAUUCUAUUAUUGAUAAUUUCCUUUCAUUUGCCGAAAAUAAUAUAGACCCAUAUAGAUUAAAAGACUCCUUGAAAAAAUAUGAUGACAUUCCAAAUCCUCAUUCAGGUUUACGAUUAAGCAAGUUAUAUAAUGACACUCAUCUAUCAGAUGAUAUAGAAACAGAUUCUCAUUCUUUUGCAAACCUAAAUUUUGCAAAUUCUUAUUAUAAAUACUAUAAAAAAUUAUUGACAGUGGAUUUAAAAGAUUAUGAUAUAUUAAAGAAACAUAACUUAUGGGUUCCCACAGUUAGGAAAGAUCAUACUCAAUUUUUAACUGAAUUUAAGUCGGGUGAAAAACAAGAAAAUGAUGAUAUGUAUAAGGACAAAACUUGUCCAUUAUUUAUUACUGCAACUUACGCUUUACCUUCAUUAUACGAUUACCAUGCAGGCCAUUCAAUAUUACCAUCGAUUUUUUCUGAAUUUAAACUUCCAUCUCUAAUGUAUCAUACUACUGUGGAGUUCAAUGGCCAAGUGUUUAUACUGGGUGGGUUAAUGGCAUGUUAUAGAAAUGAUAAUGAAAUUCCAAAUGUUGAAAAUUAUUACGUUGAUGGGAUUAAGAAUUUGCCUCCUCCACUAUUACAAGAUGUAAUUAAUAACCCUACAAUGGUAAACAAUCCAUACCUUUAUAUUCAAUAUGUCAAUUCUUCAAGAUUAUCGAGACCUAAUAUAUCAGGGCAAAUACCUCCACCAUUAUUAUGUAUGACAGCCUCAAAAUUGACAGAAAGAUACUUAUUAUUUUAUGGUGGUAUUGAAAUUAAAACUGAAACUAAUUUUGAUCCAACUGGGAAAAUCUUCAUUAAGAAAAGGGCAUUUUUAAAUAAUACCGCAUAUAUCCUGGACACAGUAUCCUUUAAAUUUACCAAGAUCGAAGUGAAUACGCAAUCUUUCAAAGAAGGUACUUCAACUACGUUUUCACCAAGAUUUGGUCAUAUGCAAAUAGCUAUAAAGAGUUCUGAUUUGGAUAUUUCUUGUAAUUCAGGGUUAACAGAGAGUACUAGUUCCUUAGCGGUCAGUAUAUCAAAUUCCAUGAAGAAAGAUGAUUCAACUGGAGGUUCUGGAUUGCAUAGCCAUGAUUCUCCAAAUAUUGAUCCACAACUUGAUGAAAAUACCAAUGUCAUGACGCAAUCUAAUUCUAUACCAAUGAUAAAUUCUCCUAGUACUCCAACUACCACCACCACUUCCAAUACGAAUACUAGCAAUAAUAACAAUUCAAAUAAUAUCUCAACUAGUAAUGCUCACCACGCCAACAAUAUUUUUUCGAUAUUGAUCUAUGGUGGUUAUAGACAAACUGUUGAUGAUAAAUAUACUGCAUUAGAUGAUAUGUGGAGAUUAGAUGUGAACAUUGUUGCUCGUGGUAAGAAAGGGUUUUUAAAAUUUGCUGACUCUAUUAUGGCGUCGAAUAUUCCUGUUAUAGGUGAAGAAGGUGAAAUACCCAAAGCAAGAGCUUUUUUUGCUUAUUGUUUACCUGAUACAAUUUUACAAGGAAAGAAUUCCUUGGAAUAUUCAUUGUUGAAGAGGUUAGAAGAAGAAUUCAAUGUAGAGUCUAGUCUAUUUGGCAGUCAUACAGCUGGAAAUAAUAGUAAUGAUGCUACCACGUUAUUAUUCCCAAACAUUCCACAUAGUUCUCACAUACCUAUUGAUAAAGUAACUACAAAUACAUCCACAAAUACCAAUACAUCAUCAUCGAGGACCGCCACAAAUAAUUUCCGUAACGGUACAAAUAUUGGAACUGCCACUAUAAAUCUAAACAAAUCAAUCAGUAAUAAUAUUAACGAAAGACGAUCAAACACAAAUGAAAGUUUAAAUUCGGGAUCGUUACAUAAUCAAUUGAGAUCAAUAAAUUCAUACAGUGGUAAAUAUGAUCAUAAUAGAAAUGGAGAUACCAAACGAGUCAUUGUGAUUCAUGGUGGUUCUGAUAACUUAGACGUGUUUGGAGAUAUGUGGUGGUUAGAUCUAGAUUCCAUGAAGUGGUUGAAGAUCGAUACAUAUAACAAGAGUGAUUCAAGUAAUGAUAACGUACUAGAAGUGAGUGAAUUGAAACUUGUUGGUCAUUCGAUGGUAUCAGCUGGUUAUUCAGGUAUAUUCAUUGGUGGGAUGGAUGAUAAUUCCGUCAACAAAAUAUAUUGUAACGGUGAAAAGGGAGAAGGUGCUACAACUCAAAAUGGUCUCGUUAAUGUUAUAAACUUAAAGACUCAAUGUUUAAUGAAGGUCGAGGAUCCAAUUGAAUCUAUGAAUGAAGGUCAAGAGCAGGACUCAACUGCUUUAGAACUAUUAAGAAAAUCAAGAUCCAUAUGUAGUGUCGGAGGAUCUACUAUUGAGUCCGACGGUACUGUAUUACUGAUUGGCGGUGUCGUGUUCAACAACAACGAUAUCGACAAGAUAUAUUUAAGAGGUGCCAUGCUAGAAUUCAUCCUGCCAGCUAUGAGUCUACCUAUAUAA